AUGGACAAGAAGGUGGGAUUUGCAGUCCCUGAGGACCAAGGCUCUGUAUUUGAGAGCGUGGGGAGCAGUGUGCUCUCCUGGCUCUCCCAGGGGCUGGAGAAGGUGAUUCCCCAGCCAGUCCCAGCCCCAGGGACGCUGCAGGCACUUGGGAAGAGCUUCGAGACAAGCAUCGACGUUCCUGAUCAGACGGAGAUCCAGAUCCUCAAGGAUGAGGAAGAGGAAGCUCUGGAGAUAAUCCCCUUCGAUCCAGAGGAGGACAAGCUGGACAACUGUGAGCCUGAGCCUGGCUUGGGUACUGCCACCGAGGAGUGGGUGUUUGCCUGCUUGGUUCAGGGGCUGGAGAAGGUGAUGCCGCAGCCAGUGACCAGGGAGAAGCAGAAGGCACAGGGAGUGGAUGCAGCAACUUUGUGUCCCGUGGAAGAAAUUCAUAUUGUCGCUGAGGAACCCAAGGAGACAGACCUCAUCCUGGAAGAGAUUGAUGGUGACUGGAGUAACGAAGCCACACGCGAGAUGAUGGCCUGGGAUGUCAAGGCUGAGCUGGUGGCAGAUACUCAUCCACUUCCCCCCAUACAGGAGGAACCUCAGGAAGAAGAAAACAGGCUGUGGUCAUGCUCCCUGAGUGCUGGUGAAGAGGAAGAGGAAAUGGAGCAGGACGGGGAGGAAGAGGAGGAGGAGGAGGGGAAGAGGGAGGAGGAGUUGGAGGAGAGUGCGGGACCCCUGCUCCUGUCACCUUGUCUCUCUGCUGAGGAGGAUGUGGAGGAAGUCUACUUUGCAGAGGAGGCCUUCAGGAUUGAGCAGCUAGAAGAAGCUGAGAUAAGUGAUCUCGAAGGUGCUUUUGUACAGGUGGAAGAGGAGACAGCUGAAGCUGCUGAAACUGAUGCUGAAGGUAAUUACCCCACCGUGGACAUCAAGGACGUGGACAGCAGAGGCGAUGUGGUGGAGGACGAUGAGACCUUCUUAUGGGUGCCCACCACUGCCAGAAACAUGCUGGUGGUGCCCAGAGCGGCUCCAGCAUCCCCCAGGAGGAAGCUACUGGCCCCAGAGGAUGGUUUGGAGGAGAGAUCCAUGAGCCAGUCCCCAACCCGAGCACUGCUGGGCUGUGAUGAGAAGCAGAAGGAAAGCCUGCCCGAGCGCAUCGGUUCAGCCACAAGCCUGAGCAGCGCCGCCAUCAGCAACCGGCUCCAGGAGCUGGUGAGGCUCUUCAAGGAGAGGACCGAGAAGGUGAAGGAGAAGCUGACCGACCCUGACAUCACCUCAGAUGAAGAGAGCCCAACAGCAUCUCCCACCAAGCCAGCACCGCUGGCAUCGCCAGUGCCUCCCCCAGGAGGGCAGCCAGAUGGAGAGAAGGUGGCAGAAGAGGAGCACUACUGCGAGAUGCUGUGCUGCAUGUUCAAGCACCGGCCCUGGCUGAACCCCCUGAGAAACUACCAGUUCCCCAGCAGCAUUGACCCGCUUACCAAUCUGAUGUACGUGCUGUGGUUGUUCUUCGUUGUCAUGGCCUGGAACUGGAACUGCUGGUUGAUCCCUGUCCGCUGGGCUUUCCCCUACCAGACACCAGCAAACAUCCACUGCUGGCUGUUCAUUGACUACCUCUGCGACCUCAUCUAUCUGCUGGACAUCCUCAUCUUUCAGACCCGGCUACAGUUUGUCCAGGGUGGAGAUAUAAUAAGCGAUAAAAAGGCCAUGAAGGAGAACUACUUGCGAUCACAACGCUUCAAGAUGGAUUUGGUGUGCCUCCUGCCCCUGGAUUUCUUCUACUUCAAAGUUGGUGUCAACCCUCUUCUGCGCUUUCCUCGCUGCCUGAAGUACAUGGCCUUCUUCGAGUUCAACAACCGCCUGGAGGCUAUCCUGACCAAGGCAUACAUCUACAGAGUGAUUCGGACCACAGCCUAUUUACUGUACAGCUUGCAUGUGAACUCCUGCCUCUAUUACUGGGCAUCAGCCUAUGAAGGACUGGGCUCUACCACCUGGGUCUAUGAUGGGGAAGGAAAUAGCUACAUCCGCUGCUACUACUGGGCAGUCAAAACCCUCAUCACCAUUGGGGGCCUGCCAGACCCCAAGACACUGUUUGAGAUCGUCUUCCAGCUGCUGAACUACUUCACGGGUGUCUUUGCUUUCUCCGUCAUGAUAGGGCAGAUGAGAGAUGUAGUUGGUGCUGCUACCGCUGGGCAAACGUACUAUCGGAGCUGCAUGGACAGUACCAUUAAGUACAUGAACUUCUACAAAAUCCCCAAAACAGUUCAGAACCGGGUGAAAAUGUGGUACGAGUACACGUGGCGUUCGCAAGGCAUGCUAGAUGAGUCAGAGCUGCUGGUGCAGCUGCCAGAUAAGAUGAGGCUGGACAUCGCUAUUGAUGUGAACUACAGCAUCGUGAGCAAAGUGGCCCUCUUCCAGGGCUGUGACAGGCAGAUGAUCUUUGACAUGCUGAAGCGGCUCAGAUCUGUGGUCUACCUGCCCAAUGACUACGUGUGUAAGAAGGGAGAAAUUGGCCGUGAGAUGUACAUUAUCCAGGCGGGACAUGUGCAGGUGCUGGGGGGACCUGAUGGCAAAACUGUGCUAGUGACUCUGAAACCUGGAUCCGUGUUUGGAGAAAUAAGCUUGCUGGCGGCAGGAGGGGGAAAUCGACGAACAGCAAAUGUCAUUGCUCAUGGCUUCGCCAACCUUUUCAUUUUGGAUAAGAAGGACUUGAAUGAGAUUUUGGUGCAUUAUCCGGAGUCUCAGAAGCUGCUGAAGAAGAAGGCCAA